AUGGAGGCCGCUCGGCGUGGUGCGUCUCCCUGCGGGGACCGCUCAGGGAGAGCGGGCAGGAUCGGCCUCCCGGCAGCCGCGCGCCCUCUGUCGGCGGCUGCUGAGGCCAGGGGCGUCUCAACUGAGCUGUCCCAAGACUCGGAGGAGCUUAGGAUAACCGGACCCCGCGCUUCGAGGGGGCGGGCUCGGGUGCGGGCGCGGCUGGGGCUGCGGCUUCAGGUACAACGCCAGUUUGCAGUGACAUCCCAGGGCAUUCCGGGGGGUGGAUCGGGGACGCACCGGAGCGUGCGCUGCGCUUCCAGCCCCUCUGCGGGCUCCGUGCGCUGCGACGGGGCGGGCGCUGUGUCCUCCAGCAGGGACCCUUUCCACACUGGGAGCCUCAGGGUGUGUCCAGCGGCUACUCCGGGAAACAUGGCCAAGUUUGCCCUGAACCAGAACCUCCCCGACCUGGGCGGCCCUCGCCUGUGCCCAGGCCCCACUGGGGGCGCCCGCAGCCCCAGCUCGCCCUACUCAGUGGAGACACCCUAUGGCUUCCACCUGGACCUGGACUUCCUCAAGUACGUGGAAGAGCUGGAGCGCGGCUCCGUCGCCCGUCGCGUCCCGGGACCCGCACCCGCGCGCCGUCCCCGCGCGCCCCGCCUCCGGGGGGGCCGCCUGCAGCAGCUGGAGGAGGCUCAGGAGGCGGCGGCGCAGCGCAGCCCGGUCGAGGCCGUCACCCAGACCUCCUGGAGUAGUUCCGAGAAGGCCACGCAGACCGAGCCCCCGGUGGACGCCCCUGCCCUGCCACAGAACCCACCCGGACCCACGGAUGGGAACCAGGCCGUGGCCCCUGUGGGCAUCCUGAAAUCCAUCAUGAAGAGGAGAGACGGUACGCCGGGGGCCCAGUCCAGCCCUGGCCCCAAGAAUCUGCAGUUUGUUGGGGUCCUGAACGGAGAGUACGAGAGCUCGUCCAGCGAGGGCGACAGUGACAGCACCAGCGAGGACGGCAGGGCCGAGCCCGGGAGGAGCAGCUCUUCGGGCUCCGGGGAGGACAGCGGCGAGGGGUCUGACUCUUCCCCCAGGGGCAGGGGAGUCCGUGACCCCGAGCCCGAGCCCGAGCCCGAGCCGGGGGCAGAGCCUCAGCCGGGGACCCCGGGGAGGAGCGAGCUGAGCCCGCGGUUGAGGGAGGCGUGCACCGCGCUGCAGAGGCAGCUGAGCCGACCCCGCGGAGUCGCCCGCGACGGCGGCGCAGCGCGCCUGGUGGCUCAGGAGUGGUUUCGUGUGUCAAGCCAACGGCGCUCUCAGGCCGAGCUGGUGGCCGCGAUGCUCAGAGGGGUGGCGCAGCUGGGCCCCGAGCUGCUGGCACACGUGGUGAACCUGGCGGACGGCAACGGGAACACCGCCCUGCACUACAGCGUGUCCCACGGGAACCUGGCCAUCUCGAGCCUGCUGCUGGACACGGGUGUGUGCGAGGUGAACCACCAGAACCGAGCGGGCUACUCGGCCCCGAUGCUGGCCGCGCUCACCUCCGUGGGCCAGGAGGACCUGGCUGUGGUCCAGAGACUAUUUCACAUGGGCGACGUCAACGCCAAGGCCAGCCAGACAGGGCAGACGGCCCUCAUGCUGGCCAUCAGCCACGGCCGCCAGGACAUGGUGGCCGCUCUGCUGGCCUGCGGGGCCGAUGUGAACGUGCAGGAUGCGGAUGGGGCCACAGCUCUGAUGUGUGCCAGUGAGUACGGGCGCCUGGACACCGUGCGCCUGCUGCUGGCCCAGCCAGGCUGCGACCCUGCCAUCCUGGACAACGAGGGCACCAGUGCCCUGGCCAUCGCCCUGGAGGCUGAGCAGGAUGAAGUGGCCACCCUGCUGCAUGCCCACCUGAGCUCGGGCCAGCCUGACGUCCAGAGCCAGACACCCCCCGAUCGGACCCACUUGCCCACAGUCUUGCCUGGUGGUGCUGAAGACAGUGACAACGGAGGGGAUGCCCAGCCUCAGUGAGCUGCCUGGUGCACUGGACCUGGACGCAGGAAACCCAUUUCCGCACCCUCCUUGGCCUCUGGGCACAGCAGGGGCCAGGGUCUUCUGUCCAUAUGCCAGCCCUGGCCCGAUGUCAGGGGAGGGCUCACCGUGGUCCACCAUGGUGAGGCAGGGACUGAGCAGUGAUGUCCUGGGUUGGCCCACUCCUGAAACCGCUUUCCAAAUAAAACAACCCUGUUAAGUUUGCGUUUUGUCUGGGAGCUGAUGGGGACUAUAUACACAGACAGGAAGGGACUACAAAGUCCCUUUCCUUGAAGAAACCUCUGGGGGAUGGAGGGAGUCCUUCCCCUUCUUC